AUGCCGGCCAUGCUGGCGCACCGCAAGUUCCCCAGCGGGCUCCACAUGUCCCAAAUCAACGGAGAGGCGGCAUCGUUGCCGCGCGACAUCCCCAGGCAAGCCCAAGACGACACGGCGACGACGAGGCAACGUCAACAUUCACUUGAGCUAACUAUGCCGCCCAAAGGACCCAUCAUGCCCCCGGGCCACCAUCCUCAAGCAGCCAUGAACCAGGCCGCCAUGGCGCAGCAUCACCCCCCCGGCCAGGCCCUUACCAGCGAGUUGGCCAAGCGUCGAAGCAGAAAGCCCACCGACAAGACGUUACCCGAUGGCGUCGAGGAUUGCAUCGCAGAUGCCGAUGUCGCCCAUAGAUACAGAGAGUUACGCGACUUUGAACGUCGGCUGGACGCAACAAUGACGCGCAAGCGUCUAGACAUUGUCGAGACUGUUGGUCGCAACGCAAAGGUACGCUACAAAACUCUCCGCAUUUGGAUCAGCAACACGGUCGAGGACCAGGCAUGGCAGGGAAGCGGCCUUAGCGUCGACAGCUUCGACUUCACUCCCAGUGCCGAGCCUUCAUACAAGGUCAAAAUUGAAGGCCGUCUUCUUGAGGAUGGACAGGAAGACGGCUCCGAGGAAUAUACGCAGAACUCGGAUCACGUAGUGGGGGGCGGCGCCGCCGGCUCGAGGCGACAAAGCUCGUUGCCCACAGCCAAGAAACAGCGCUUCUCUCAUUUCUUCAAAGCCCUGAAUGUCGACUUUGACCGUACCCGCUCGAGAGCUGCAUCGGACCAGACCGUCGAAUGGAAGAAACCUGCUACAGUGAACGCUGCAGCUGGCGCCGAAUUUGACGAGUUUACCUUCAAGCGCAGCGGGGACGAAACCAUGAACAUUACCAUCAAUCUGCACCGCCAGGAGGAUCCCGAGCGAUACUUGCUGAGUCCCGAGCUGGCCGACAUCGUGGACAUGCCGCAGGCCUCUCGUCAAGAGGCGGUUCUGGCUGUUUGGGAGUACAUCAAGAUGAUGGGUCUGCAAGAGGACGAAGAGAAGCGCAACUUCCGCUGCGAUGAACUCCUGAAAAAGAUCGUCAACGGUAGUGAUGUAGGAAUCGUUCCAAACCUCAACGAUUACAUCCAGCCUCACCUCCGGCCACUGCCUCCUGUCAGCUUACCUUACACCGUUCGGGUUGACGAGGAGUUCCACAAAGACCCCCAGCCCACCAUUUACGAUGUGCGGGUAGCGGUCGAUGACCCCCUCAAGGCCAAGCUGGUACCCUUCGUAACAAACCCCGCGUAUGCGAGCGCCCUCAAAGAGGUUGUUGCCAUGGACGAGCAGCUAGCGACGCUAGUAUCGGCUGUCGCCAAUUCCAAGGCGAAGCACUCAUUCUUCACGUCAAUGAGUCAGGACCCCACCAACUUUGUGAGGAACUGGAUGAGCUCGCAGAAGCGAGACCUCGAGGUAAUCAUGGGAGAGGCCACUAGGGGAGGCGGCGAAGAUGCCACUGGAGACGAUUGGAGACGUGGCGGCAAGGACAGCGUGUGGACAUCUUCGAACGCGCGCGAGAGCGUCAGUGUCAUGCUGGCCAAGCAGCCAACACAGGCCUCUAGGUAA